GAGAGGGAGAAGAGUGCGGCUGAAUGUGAACGACAUGUCGACAGUCAGCCUCUAAAGUGUUUUCUCGGUCGUUCCCUAAUUCUUUGGCGGCGGACUGAUGCAGUGAAGGGCCGAUGCCGGGCUGUAGCCCCAGGCUGCUGAGCUGAGAGGGAGUAGCAGGAGGAUGCAGUGGGUCGCUCUGACAGUGGCCCUGGGGUGUGUGUGUCUGUCCCGGGCUUCGCACACCCCCACCCCUACCCCCACCUCCACACACACCCCUCUAGUGGACAACUCCGAGGAGGAAGUGGACGAGCCGUGCUUCGAGCCGUGCACGUGCGAGGUCAAAGAAGGUGUGCUGCACGUGCACUGCGAUGGCCGGAGCUUCACUAAUGUCAGCCAGGUGUCACAGUCGUGGGUCCGCCCUUUCAAACUCAACCUCCAGAGGAACUCUCUGAGGCGUCUCUAUAGCAACGGGUUUCAGCACCUUGGCAACGCGGUGUCGAUAAACCUUGGCAACAAUGCACUCCAGGACAUCAAAGUGGGAGCUUUCCACGGGUUGGCCAAACUGAGACGCCUGUACCUCCACGAGAACAAGCUGGAGGUCUUCAGAAACGAUACCUUCGCUGGCUUGGAGGCCCUGGAAUACCUCCAGGCCGACUACAACGUGAUCAAACGAAUCGACAGCGGUGCUCUGAGGUUCCUCUAUAAGCUCCGGGUUCUCAUCCUCAACGACAACCUGAUCCCCAGUUUGCCUGCUCAUCUGUUCAGAUCUGUGUCUCUGACUCAUUUGGACCUGCGGGGAAACCGUCUGAAGAGCCUGGCAUAUGCUGGGACCCUGGAGUAUGUUGGUCGCUCCCUAAUGGAGCUACAGCUGGAGGAGAAUCCCUGGAACUGUGGCUGCGAGGCAGUGCAGCUACAGCAGUGGCUUGGUCAGAUCCCCUACACGGCUGUAGUCGGGGACGUUACCUGCGAAUAUCCCUUCCACCUUCACGGCAAAGACUUGAGAGAAAUUCCCCGCAAGGAGCUGUGUGCUGACCUCCCGGAUAAAGAGGUACAAGCAGAGGGGGGUGGACCGUCAGCAGGAUCACAGCCCCAACAUUUGCCCCCAAACUCUAAACCCAACUCCCACCCUGGGCGAGUCAGGCCGACUAAACCCUCCUCCAUGGUCCAUGGCUCCCGCCAGAACACGCAUACCUCCUCCACCUCGUCGUCCUCGUCCUCAGCGGAGCGUAAAGACAGGGAGAGGCAACCGAGGCCGACAAAAAGGCCUCGACCCUCCAGAACGUCCCCCACUCCUCGCAGUCUGAUGCCCAACCAGAAUCCCCCCGUGGCUGGCUACCAGACACGACCUCCCAUCCCCAUCAUUUGUCCCCUGGGCUGCACUUGCAACCUGCACAUAUCAGACCUCGGCCUGACCGUCAACUGCAAGGAGAACAGCUUCCUUAAUGUUUCCCAGCUCACACCUCGGCCCCUCAACGGCCGCAAGCUGUACCUAAGUGGAAACUUAAUACAGAGGAUCUACCGCACAGACUUCUGGAACUUCUCCAGCCUUGACCUGCUUCACCUGGGGAACAACCGCAUCUCGUACCUCCAGGAGGGGGCCUUCUCCAGCCUCACAAGCCUGAGGAGCCUCUACCUGAACGGGAACAACCUGGAGAGGCUCAGCCCCCACAUGUUCCUGGGGCUGCAGGAUCUGAGGUACCUUUAUUUUGAGUACAACGAGAUCCAUGACGUAGAUCCCGGGACCUUCGACUCCAUGCCGUCCCUCCAGCUGUUGUUCCUCAACGCCAACCUGCUGCGGAGCCUCCCUCUCGGUGUGUUUUCUGGAGUUAAUCUGGCACGACUCAAUCUAAGAAACAACCACCUUCUGCAGCUCCCCAUGGAGGGCGUGCUGGAACACCUCACCGGACUGGUACAGGUGGACCUGCAGCAGAACCCGUGGGAGUGCAACUGUGAGGCAGCGCCACUGAAGCGUUGGCUGGAGGGGCUCAGCGCGGUGGUGGUGGUGGGAGAGGUGGUCUGCCAUUCCCCGGAAAAGACCAAAGGAGUCGACCUCCGCUCCCUCUCCAUGGAGCUGCUUUGCCCUGAGCUGGAGGCCCCGGAGGACGAGGAGCACGAGGAGCAGACAGUCACCUCCACAGCCACAGACAGCGGUGUAUCGGUUGGAUACCCCAGCUCAGGGCUGGGUCCCCUGAUCCCCCCGGGGAAGGAUUCAAUCCCUCUGUCGGUGUUAGUGCUCAGCCUGCUGGUGUUGUUUGUGUCGGCAUUCUUCGCGGCAGCGGCAUUAAUCGCCUACGCCCUGAGGAGGAGAGACAAGCUGCCGUUCCGUCGCCAGGGAGAGGUAGACUUGGCGGGCAUCCAGAUGGAGUGUGGAAUCUUCACCGAGCAGACGCACCACCACCACCACCACCAUCACCACGGCCUCCCGGAGACGCCGCCGCUGCCUCUGGCCGAACACAACCACGUCUACGACACAAUCCUGCCCCCGGAGGCUGCAUUGAAAGCUCCCAACCCCGCUGCAGCCCCACACAUGUGUAGCAACCCCAUCUACAAAGAGGAGCAUGAUGCAGCGGUGAAACAGCGGCCACAGCAGACGUUUGGAGCUUCCAAAGAGAGCGAGGGAGGAUACUGCUCUGCAGCAGAGAAGGAGAGGGAGUGGAAACUGGAGGUGUCCGCGUCUCCCAUCAACACCGUCACAGGAACGAUGGGUCCACUCCCCGGCCUGCGCGGGAACGGCAUCCUCUGCCCCACAGUGAUCGACAGCCAAGGCCCCACCCCUAAGGUCGAACUGGUGGACAGCCUCUUCAGACUCCCCGCCCCCGAGUUCAGAGACCUGCCAGACCGGUACGCGAGGCCGCCGCCCCGCUACCCUCACCCGCAAGACUCCAAACAGGUCACCAGACCCGACCAAACGCUCGUGGUCACCACCGCUAGCUCCACAGCAGACGGGAGCAACAGCAGCCAGAGCCAGAGCGAGCAGGGAGCAGGAGAGCAGAGGGCCAGACUGAGAACCACACCAGACUACAUGGAGGUGCUGGACCGGUCCUACCAGUUUUAACACUCCCCCUCUUCCUUCUCCUCUUCCUGCUACCCCUCUUCUCUUGUCUCUUCAUCAUCUCCCUCUCUGGCGAUGAAUCAUCCAGUAACAAUGACUCCUGUACAGAGGCUGGUGUGGCUUUGAGAGGAGCCUGUGGGUGAGCGGGACUACACUACACACAUGUUUAUUCCUGGAUAACGAGCUGAGGUCAGUUUUUGUAUUUCCCCCCCCACUACUGGCGUAUAGGUUGGUAUUUGGCAAGGAUUAGCCGAUCCCAGAUCUCUGCCUGGAGGCGAAACUUCAGCUGCAGCUACUACAGAAUUUCCCCCUCUAUUACGCCUCACAUUCGUAAAGUACUGAGGCUCUGUUUUUUCUACUCGGCGCCACAAUGAGCAGGAGACAGUGUGCUUGUGGGCGUCAGUGUUCAUAAUAUCAGCUCUUUGCAACAUCGAACACAGAGUCAUAAACUGUGACAGCCAGAAGGUGUGGAGCAAACUGGGUGGACGUGUAAAGAUGGAGAAGCGACAGAGACAAAGCGAGAGGGAGAGAAACGACUGAAAACAGCCAAGUGCCUUAGCAAUGAACAGCCAGCAGUGUGGUCAAUGCUUAUUUUUCUAUGAAUACAGAUCUAUUUAUCUAAACAAAGAGGUUUGACUACCAACGGAUGGGACGCUGAUGGACGACUGAGACUGAAACCAAUCAAAGCCGCCGAAUAAUUGCAUUCCCUGGAUGAGCCAAAAAUAAUAAUAUACCCAGUCAAUUAUUGGAGUUGUUUGUAUGCAGUUCAGUUCAUUUUCAUCUCAUCCAGUUAACUUAAUUUGCUUAUCCAGUUGAAUUUUUACAGGGCUAGACGAGGGACAUAUCCAGGAAUAGUUGGUUGCUGUGUGAAGUUAUGAAAAGGUUCUGUUUUAUGGAUGAAAGGAUACAGAAAUUAUUUUUUUUAAUGCAAGACAAAACAAAGGAAGGCCGACAUACAGAAGGACAUUGUGGCAAUGGAUGCAUUUUGGAUUUCUUAAUCAGCCAGACUUAAUGAGGCCUCAAGGACCUCUGCUCCCAUCGGGAAAAGGCACAGAGGCUACUGUAUUGAUUUUUUAUUAUUUCUCGGAGGAAAAUUGAAUGGCAAAAAAAAACCAAUGGACAAAAAGCCACAGGACGUAAAGGCAUUUCUUUUGUCGAAAAAAAAAA